AGAGAAGGAAAGAGGAGGUUCAGAAGACUCAAGGGACGAGUGCGAGGAAAAAGAAUGAAACAAAGAAUGUGAGAGAGAGAGAGAGAGAGAGAGAGAGAGAGAGAGAGAGCGAGAAAGGCAGUCAGCAUGUGAUGCUAUACUAAUCCAGACAGUUAGUUUGAUUCAUUUCAUUUAACUUGGAUGGCCAGCUUUUCCAGCUGCUGGCCGGCUCUUUUGGAUUUACUAUUUCACCACAUGCCACACACACACACACACACACACACACAAACACACACACGUUCGCACCCGCAUGCCCGCCGUCUGCCAGCCGGGAGUCUCUGAUCUGCAGACGGGAUCUGCUUUCAUCUCCGGAUGUGCCACAACAUUCAGAGCACACCGGUCUAUGCCUGGUGUUUGUGUGUGUGUGUCUGCAGGCGUGACAUGGAACUUUUUGGAUUAACAGUGGAAUGUUGAGAGACUCCCAUCGAGGAAAACCGUGGAAUAUCAUGGAACGAGUUUAAGAGUUUGGAAUUCUCUCCUUUCUUCAGUGAUGCUUUUGGCUUUUUAAACUCUUUCAUUUUCUUUAUUGCUCAAUCUGGAGUCUGGCAGUCUGAGAUGAUCUCUGAGUGACUGACGCUCCGGCAAGCCUGUCCUUGUGCAAUCGUGUGUGUGAGUGAGUGUGUGUGAAUAGCUUUACGUGUGUAUCUAUGCGAUGUUGGCAACGGAUGUAUUUCCCGUGAUAAUGCCUGCUGUCGCUGCAUGUCCACGACCGAGUGCUAGAGAGUGGAGCUUUUGGGACGUGGUGGGGGUGGACUGUAGUGCCCCCGAGCCACGGUGCAUCUGGGUGGCUGUGUUCCGGGACAACUUGCUCAUCACCCACACUCCCAGCAUUGAGUCUGCACCGACUCAACCCAGAACAGACUUCUGCGGAAACAGGACAAAGGGCCGAAGAGAUGGUAUCCCGUCGUCCAGCGAAAACCCUCGGCCGGUCCUGGGGGGCGGAGCUGAGGGCAGGGGUUUGUCCUGGCAGGGCCCGCGGACGCUGGUGCUCCAUAAGAACUCACAGGGCUUCGGCUUCACACUGCGCCACUUCAUUGUAUAUCCGCCUGAGUCGGCCUUGCACACUAGCCUGAAGGAUGAUGAAAAUGGAAAUGGAAAGGGUCUACAGCGAAGUCGGCUGGAACCCAUGGACACCAUAUUUGUUAAGAACGUGAGGGAGAAAGGUCCUGCUCACCAGGCUGGUCUGUGCACAGGUGACAGAUUAGUAAAGGUGAAUGGGGAGAGUGUGUUGGGCAAGACAUACUCCCAGGUGAUAGCACUAAUUCAAAACAGUGAGAGUGUGUUGGAGCUCUCCAUAAUGCCAAAGGAUGAGGAUGUACUGCAGCUGGCUUACUCUCAUGAUGCCUACCUGAAAGGGAACGCACCAUUUACAGGAGGGGCCCAAAAUCUUCCUCCACCGCCCCCUCUGUGCUACCCACCACGUUCCCAGCCUUAUCCAAGCCACACCCCCUGCCCCAUCUCUCCCCGGUCCCCCAACAUGGGACAGAACCAGCUGGACAACUGGAGCCGCUGGCACGGCUCUGCCUCCAGCCCUUCCCCACCACUUGACAACCGGACAAGUGCACCUACCACCACCAGUAUGGCCUGGGCAUCAGAGGGCCAUGAAGCCGGGGGUGUCAACCAUAGCAGUCCUGCCCAUCGCACUGAGGAAAUCCGGUAUGGUAUGACUCAGAGAGGACGUUCAUUUUCUUCCUCAUUUUCUACAAGUCCACCGAACCAAGCUCAGCAUGGGAACAGCAGCAAAGAAAACUUGUCAUGGGGCAGCCCACCAAAACCUGCACCAGUGUCAAGUUCAAGAAGCAGUGAACGUACCCAACAAGCCCUCACUAAUUGGUACUACAACCAGGUGUCAGAACGGGAACGGGAACGCUUAAAUGCGCGCUCUCUAAACCAUCGACAACGCAGUUUCUCUCAGGACCGCCUGGCAGAGCUAAGCCGAAGCAGACGGACACAUAGGACUGAUUUUCCCCAGAGUGCCUCUCAGGACACAUUGCUGCACUCUGGGCAGCAUCCUCACUGGAUGCAAGUUUUGCCUUCUGUCUGCCAGAACCGUUCUCAGUCCGAGAACCUUCUACGCAGUCGCUACGGACACUCGGGUCGUUCAUUAGAGGCUCUAGACCAGGUACUUUGCCCGCUCUCACCCCGGCAUGAAGGCCAAGCCUGGCGGCAGCAACAGCCCCAGGGGCAGGGAAGCCAUUUUAAUCCUUCACAGACGCCACCUACUACCCGUCAUAUUCAAGUUCACCGCCAACACCAAUCUAAAUCUUCUGAGCAGCACCGUUGUCAGCAACACCCUCCCCAACAGAAACAACACCCCCCAAAGCAAAAUCCAAUUUAUUCAUCACAACAUCCACCACAGAGCCGUCGUUUGACCUCGUGCCAGAGUGUGGACCAGGAGCAGAUCGGCUACCGCAGUUACAGUCCCUCUUUUAACCGCAAAAGUGGACGGAUUCUACAGCAUGCUCAGUCAUUCCGGGACCCAUCGUACACGGGGCCACGCCUCAGCUGGACCAGUCUUCCUGAGGGCAUGGCUCCAUCUCCUGCUCCAUCACUUGCUGCUGCUGCUUGCUCAACAUCUGGUGAAGGACAGGAUGGAACUCAUCGUCCAACUAACCAUGAAAGAGAGGGUGGGAAGGUAGAGCAGGAGACCCAAGUGCAGGUCCAAGAGGUGGUGCUUAGGCAAAAGCCACCCAUGGGCCGAAGGGCUGGCCAUGUCCACCGACUCCCCCUGGCACUUGACGGAAGUGACCCUCUACUUUUUACCUCGGACCCUGAGGAAGCCCUGGUGAAGUCAGAGGGUUCUUCCUCCCACCGGCAUGCGAACGGUAAUCUUGCACCACUCUCUGUGGAGGAUGACUCGCUGGCCUCUAUCCCCUUCAUUGAUGAGCCAACCAGCCCGAGCGCAGAUCUGCGGGCGUGUCACGUCCCUGCCUCGUCCGUCGUGUCCAGUGGCGGCCUUAAAUCCGUCCCCGCUGUGGGGACCAGCCCCGUCUCCCCAACCUUCACCUUCCCCCUCAGCCGCCUCUCCUCCCAUGACUGCAGCAGCAUCAAGUCCAGCCGCCGCUCAUCUUAUCUGUUGGCCAUCACCACUGAGCGCUCCAAGUCAUGUGACGAUGGACUGCACACCCUCAGAGACGAUGGGCGGGUCUUCUCGAGGUUGCCAAAGAGAGUUAAAAGCUUCUUCGGUGAUGGGUCUCUGGACAGCUUGACAGUGGCUGAUGAAGCUCGCUCUAAGCGCCACUCUGCCUCGGAGCUGGGUAGCAUCAGCUACAGUGACGUGAGGAAAGAAGGAUGGCUGCACUACAAACAGAUCCAUACUGAGAAGGGCAAGAAGGUGGGCAGUGCCAUUCGUCCCUGGAGGCGGGUUUUUUCAGUGCUGCGCUUCGGUGCACUUUACCUCUACAAAGACAAGAGGGAGGCGCUGCUGAAAGGUGCCGCCCUGGGAGGCGGAUCCGAAGACGAGCAACCGAUCAGCAUCCGUGGCUGCCUGGUGGACAUCGCAUACAGCGAGACGAAGCGUAAGAACGCGCUGCGACUGACCACACAGGACUUCUGCGAGUACCUGCUGCAGGCUGAGGACAGAGAUGACAUGCUGGAGUGGAUCAGAGUGAUCCGGGAAAGCAGCAAGACUGACAGCGAGGAGUUGGGUUUCUCUCGACAAGCUCUCAUCAGUAAGAAACUGAAUGACUACAGGAAGCAGAGUCCGACAGGUAAUAAGCCUGACUCAUCUCCCCGAGUGACACGCAUGACUUUCUUGCUCACCAAAGCUGACAACAGUGGUGCACCCCCGCGCUCCCCCAAACACGAAGCCAAAGAGGAGAGCAGUCCUCCUAAAUCUCCAUGGGGCAUCAACUUCAUGAAGAAAGCGAAGAAGGCGGACCCGAAAGCGUUCGGAGUCCGGCUGGAGGAUUGCCAACCUGCUUGCAAUAACAAGUUCGUUCCACUGAUUGUUGAGAUCUGCUGUGGCUUGGUGGAGGAGAUGGGUUUGGAGUACACAGGAAUCUACAGAGUGCCAGGAAACAACGCUGUGGUGUCCAGCCUGCAGGACCAACUCAACAAGGGCUGUGACAUUAACACUACGGAGGAGCGGUGGCAGGACCUGAACGUGGUGAGCAGCCUGCUCAAAUCUUUCUUCCGAAAGCUCCCAGAACCCCUCUUUACCGACGACAAAUAUAACGACUUCAUCGAUGCCAAUCGUAUGGAGAAUCCUAGUGACAGGCUGAAGACCUUGAAGAAACUGAUCCAAGAUUUACCAGAUUAUUACUUCCACACUCUAAAGUUUCUAAUUGGUCAUCUGAAGACCGUAGCCAAUCACUCAGAGAAGAAUAAGAUGGAGCCUCGUAACUUGGCACUAGUUUUUGGACCCACUCUUGUGAGAACAUCAGAAGACAAUAUGACGGACAUGGUCACCCACAUGCCUGACCGCUACAAAAUCAUCGAAACUCUUAUCCAGCAUUAUGCCUGGUUCUUCAGUGAGGAACACGACAAGGAUGAAAAGACACCGGUGGACACAGAGGACGUUCAGCCUGCCCCCAAUAUAGACCACCUUUUAUCCAACAUUGGCCGAGCUGGACUGCUGGGCGAGAUCUCAGACUCAACCAACAGUGAUUCAGCAAAAUCAAAGGGCUCUGGAGGGUCAAAACGUGAUCUGACAGCCAAGGACUUCCUGACGACGCUAGCCAUCAUGUCUGCUGUGACUCGGAGACGUAGAAAACGACCAACCGCCCGCCUCCUGGGCAGCAGCACUGACGAUGACUCUGAACAAGAGCCAAUCAGAGUCAGUCUUACUGUGGAUGGAGAGGGGGAGGGAAAGGGAACAGAGCAGUGUGAAUCUGACAUGGCUCCACGUGCAGAGGCAGAAGAGGAUGAAGAUGAGGAAGCGGAAGAUGAUGAUGAAGAGAAUGCGGAAGUGACUGUGGCCUCCCCAGGCAAGGAGAAACCUGGAAUGCCUUGUGAGGAAGAAGCACAUUCUGUUAUCCUUAGUGAAGAAGAGGACCAGAGGUCUGAAACAAAAGGUCGCAGCUGGAGAGGGGAUGAUGCACGUUCUAUUGUCUCGGGUUACUCCACUCUCUCUACGCUGGGGCGGAGUUUAGCCUCUGAGGGACGGGGUGACGAUGCAGAUGAUGAGCAUAGCGAGCUGGUGAGUGAGACGGACAAUGAAAGUGGCUUUGCCUCGCGGUCUCUGACGCAGGAGCGUCCUGAAAAAUGUAUGCCACCUCCAUCAAAUAUGUACACCUCAGCAGAGCCACCUGCACCACGCAGCUUCCUGUACACACACUACAAAGCCUCUUUACCUACUCCUAUUCCCGCUCCUGCUCCCGCCCCCACAACCAUGCCAGCGUCUCCUUCUGCUCCCUGCAAACAUCCGACCCCUGAACUUGUAGAAAGAGGAACUGAAAGUGCAGCACGUUCCUCCACUCCCUCCACUUCCUCCUCAACUGCCUCCCAACGCCUCCAAAACCGACCCUCCUUCAACUCCCAUCGCCUAAUUCAGUGUGAUACUUUAGCACGCCGCCGCCUAAAAACAGAAAAGGCCAAAGCUCGUUCACUAGAUCUUUUAGAAGUCCGUAGUGCUUCACCCAGUGAGGAGGAACCGCAUUCUAACAAAGGGCGAACAAGAACCAGCCUCCUGGAUUCCUCCACUUCUCACUCACCCAAACUGACCCCAUCCAGUAGUCACCUAUUAGCUUCGCCCUCUAUCUUAGGCUCUACCUCUGGUGCCACAAAUCAGGCAUCUCUGGCAGAGCAGGUGCGUGCACGUCUGCUCGGCUCAGCAGAGGACAUACGUUCCGUGGGGCUGAGGAAACCUCUCUCGCCUGAGACAUGCCGGCGGAGGCGGGCUUGGAGGAGACACACAGUUGUGGUCUCGCCUACUGACUCUUCCCAAAAGAGCUCUCAAGCCUCCAUUGCUGUUAACAACAACAAACCCCCGGCCCCGCCCCCAAAACCUUCCGUUCUAAUCCGACGUCUGGGGGAGAAGCCCAUCCCCGUUCCUCAGCGCUCCUCAGCUGACGCCUCUUCAUUAUGCCGGGCCCCACCUACCUCUCAGUUCCACGAAUGCGUGUGACAGCAUUUGAAUCAGAGUAAUUAGAUUUAAUACCCCAUUUUCCAUUAACAUGGUGCUCGAUAUAGGAGCCUGGGAACCUUUUUUUUAAACAGCCACCCUUUUUCCACUGGUAUAAGAAAUAAUAUUUACAUAUUGUUGUGUCAAAGUCUGUGAACACAGAACACAGAGGCAUCAUCACAGACCAUAAUUACCCCAAGAUAACUUACCUUUAGCAACAUAGUCUGAGUGAUGUUUGUGCAGCAUUGCUAGCAUUAUCAAUGUAGCUACUAUUUAGUCAAAUGUAAUUUCCAGUGAAACAGUUGUUUCCUCAUUGAACCACUGAGUCACAGUAGAAUUUUUUUUUUUUUUAAAUUCAUCUGUUCAUGUCUUGUGGCCAUGAAAAUAACUUGAGUGAUAAAACCCAUAGCCCAAAAACAUUUUUCCAAACUAUUCUACACCCACUCGGGAUCCGGCACCUUGUUGGUGGAAGAGGGGUAUCAAUGAACGGGUUCACUAACUCUGUUUUUUUUUUCUUUUUUUUCCCCCAUUCAUAGCUGCUCUGCUUGCAUGACACAGGGCUAGUUUUUAACUGUUGCCAAAGUUUUUAUUCUCUUUCCUUCAGUCAUUUGAGUGCUCUUUUAUCAGUGUGUUACAAAAGGGCCAGAGAGCAGCAGGGUCUCCACAUAACAUUUUAAAGAACUGCCAGGGAUCUUGCCACACACUUACAUUGGGGUCAUUGUGUGUUUUGGUGCUUUACUGUGUGUUCCCUUAAGACGUGUACUCAUUAUCUUACCGUGUCCAAUGGAGUGUAUUUAAUUCACCCGCUUUUACCUUUUCUUUGUCUUGUUAACAACGACGAUGCUGCCUCAUCAAAGAUCCUGGGACAUAUAUAAAGGGUACACAAACAUUGACAGAAAAACACACUUUUCUUCAUCAUCUAUACUCAAGUAUAGACUUCAGCAAAGUAUUAAUGCAGUAUUAGUGAGACAGUGAUUGCCAACGUUAGAUGUGUUGAAACGGACCCCUAACCUUGCUCAUGUCCCCUUGUUAACACACACACACUCACUGAGCUUGCAGUGCUCGUUCUAAGCAUUUUUUUCAUCUGUGUAUUUUUGUCUGAAACGGUUUGUGUAUAGUGUGUAUGUGCGUUCAGCUAUUUUGUAACAUUUGUACAAAGCCUUGCUAAGUUAAUCUUGUAAAUAUGCAUAUAAUAUCAUAUUUGUUUUUAAUUUGUUUUUAUAUAUGGUUUACAAAAGCGCACAUAGGUGCGUGAUCAUUUCUUUUAAGAUUUUACUUGAAAUGGUUUCUUUAAUGUUUUUUUUUGUUUUGUAUACAGUAUAUAUAAAAUAUAUAUUAUAUAUUUUGUAUGAAUAUAAUAAGUACUUUCGUUUGGGGUGUUAAUUGUUUUAAAAGAAACAAAAACAGAACUAAACCUCCGAUAGACUGUUGUUUAUUUCCUCAUAAAUGGCCUUUUCUCUGUGACUUACCAGUACUAUGCAGAACUUCAUACACCUCAAUGCAAAGAAAAGAACUUUAACCUGCAGAAGAGUGUCUGUCCAACGGCCUGUCACAUGCUAUAAUAAAUUCCUUCUUGCUGGGCAUUGCA